AUGGAAGGGGCCUCGGGAUGGCAUGAGACCACGGGCUUGGGCGAGAAUGUUGUGCCCAGUGCACGAACGCACCUUUGUAUCUUCAUCCCCAUCAGCCAGCGGAGCCGGAAGGAUGCCGCUUUAGCCACUGCAGCCCUGGAGACCUGGGCCGCACCAACGCUGCAGCGCAGCGCAGGUGCAAGGGUUCGCUUCGUCAGCGUUGCAAGCACGGCUGGGACCACCCUGGAGCCCUUUACGCUCCACGUCCCCGGAGACGAGGAGGUGGACUACCGCCAUCUACCCAUCCGGAUCUUGAAAAUCUGGCACUACCUCGGCCAAUAUGAGCCAGACGAGUGCGACUGGAUCUUCAAGGCCGAUUCCGACACCUACGUGAACUUGCGGACUCUAAGCGACCGGCUGAGCUGCUUUCGCAGCGAGGAUCCGCACUACCUCGGCGUUGUUCACGCCUUGGUCCCACCACGCCACCUUCGUGAUAUGUGGGCAGCGCUUUACUUCGGCCAUGGCGGUUCAGGCUACGGAGUAAGCCGUGGUGCCUUGGCAGAUGUCGGUGCGGCGUCGCCAGUUUGUCUUGAAGACAUGAUGCACAUGACGCAAGGAGAUGCCAUGGAGGAUGUGAUCUUCGCACUCUGCUUGAAGCGCCAGCUGGGCUUGCAGGUGUCAAGUUAUGGCUUUCUUCUGCCGAGCUCGGCGGGUAACAUGGAUUUCGACACCCAGGUCUCGACGCAGGAGUUCAUCGUCAACUUCCACCAAGCACGUGAUGAACUUCUGGCUCAGGCAGAAGCACCGGGGGGUCAGCCUCUGCAGCGUUUCAUAUAUUGGGACGCGCAGCCACCUCCUCUCCACGGCUGCCUUAUCAUCGCUCACCCUGUUGAGAACGAGACGGAUCUUCAUAAGGUCCAUGCCGCCGUGCUCCAAGACACCCAGCUGCAGGUUGCACACCUUGCCCAGGUCCCGCACCUGCCACCGCCGCGCCUCCUAGUGGGCGGGCGGCCUGGCAGGGCCCAAUGCGCGCCGAGUGCAGCCUCCCUAGCUCGUCAGGCUGAGGUUCGCCUGAGCGCACCAAACACAGAGGCCAAGGCCUUCUGGACGUCAGAUCAGCUUGGCAACCUCUCUUCGUGCCUUGCCGCGGCCAUGGGUCCUGCACCUCGCUGUGAAUGGUCGCCGACCAGUGCCCAGUUCUAUGGGCUGAGCCAUUGGCCACCAGCACGAAGCGUGGACGAGUGUGUGGAAGCCUGCUGUCGCUCAGGUGCUGAGUGCUCCCUGUUCCAGUACCAGGUCGAUCAAGGCUGCUGGCUUGGGCGCUGGGAGGAGGCUCAGCCCGUGGUGUCCGAGCUGACCUUCAUCGGCGGCGUCAAGGUGGCUUGA